UCCUAGUCGUUGACUGCUGUUCGAAGAUGAAGAACCUCACCCAAUUCAAUCUCUUUUAUAUUUUCUUUGCUGUGAUUGCAUUUCUGGACAUCUCAUAUGGAGGUAUUAGAUACCUUACAAAGUGCAGGGCACUCACUUCUGAAUCAGGCCCUUGCGUUGCUCACCAUCAUAGAUAUACUUAUAACUCACUACUCAAGAAUUGUUUGUUUUUUGUUUAUGGCGGCUGCGGGGCCACAAAAAACAUAUUCAAAACAUAUGAAGAAUGCAUCUCUGCUUGUGUACCCAAGGAAUAGCUGAAAAAAGCUAAAAAAACAAUAAAAAUCUGUUUCGACUUGACUACUCCGAAGUAUGACUUGUUUCCAGAGUUGCAGAACAGUCUCUUUGCAGGAGUGCGAAUUCUCGUGCGUGGGUCUAAGUGAAAUCAUCGUCUCUCAAUCGUUGUAAUUUCUGUCAACACUAAACCAAGUUCAAAGAGAUCAAAAUGAAAUUAAGGUACAGUUUAUGCAUUGUCCUGCUGUUAUUUGUGGCCGGGCUGUGGGCUUGCGAUGCACAGAACUGCUAUGACGAGCCCAGCCAAACAGGUCCCUGCAAGGCCGCCUUCCCAUCGUGGCGCUUCAUCAGGGAACGGUGGGUGUGCGAGCCCUUCGUGUACGGCGGCUGCCGGGCAACGGAAAAUAUUUUCGAUGACGAGGAGGAGUGCAGGCAGCUCUGCCUGCGCUGAGGUCAAAAUUUCGAAAAAAACAAACACAUUCAUUGCCCACCGAUGAUGGCGGCCAAAAUAAAAGUUUUCAGCUGGCGGAAAGUUUCAAAGCCCCGUCGCUCGGGCCGCUCUGAAAAUAUGAUUUGUCUGCAAAGUUGAAAUAGAUUUCCAAACAAUUUUCGUGGCCCUGCGCCAUGCAAAUGAACUGCAGUCCAGUUUUGAUUUAUGCUGAUGAAAAUUGAGUUUAUGCGAAAACGAUAUUAUAUGUACUAUA